GAGCGCCCCCGGGUCUCAUCUCAGUUGUUUGUUGUCAUUGUUCCCUGGACGUUCCGUGACAACGGAGCACUAGGCCAAGAUGGGGAUGAGUCGGUAAAGUGUCGCAGCAGCAUAAAGAACACGUGAUCGUCCAUAAUAACGGAGCAAGGAUGCUCUUCAGCAGGCAUUGAAUGGUCCCAGCUUGGAGGCUGUGUGCAGAUAGCUUCAUUCAUCCAGCUCUGCUACCUGAGGGUGCUGUCCUUCUUUGACCAAGGAUGCCUCUUGUAAAGCGAAAUAUCGAUCCAAGGCACUUGUGCCACACUGUUCUCCCAAGGGGCAUCAAGAAUGAACUGGAAUGCGUAACAAAUAUUUCCUUGGCAAAUAUAAUUCGACAACUAAGUAGUCUGAGUAAAUAUGCAGAAGACAUCUUUGGAGAGCUUUUUAAUGAAGCCCACAGCUUUUCCUUCAGGGUAAAUUCACUACAAGAACGCGUGGACAGGUUAUCCAUUAGUGUAACACAGCUUGAUCCAAAAGAGGAAGAGCUUUCAUUGCAGGACAUCACAAUGAGGAAAGCAUUUCGAAGUUCCACAAUUCAGGAUCAGCAGUUGUUUGACCGAAAGACGUUGCCAAUUCCUCUUCAUGAAACAUAUGAGAUAUGUGAACAUCCUCCCCCUCUUAAUAUUCUAUCUCCUUACAGAGAUGAUGGAAAAGAAGGUUUGAAAUUCUACACAAAUCCAUCUUACUUCUUUGAUUUAUGGAAAGAAAAGAUGUUGCAGGACACAGAAGACAAAAGGAAAGAAAAAAGAAAACAGAAGCAAAAGAAUAUAGAUCGUCCACAUGAGCCUGAAAAGGUGCCCCGGGCACCUCAUGACAGGCGACGCGAGUGGCAAAAAUUAGCCCUGGGUCAAGAACUUGCUGAUGAUGAUAUAGAACUUCUACAUAAGCAUUUGGAAAUUGUUAAUGGGCCUACCCCACAUUUUGAAACCAGGCCUCAAGCAUAUGGAGAAAACAUAGAUGGACCCUUUUCACUUGCAGCAUUACCAUACAGUCAAAUGAAUGAUCUCUUGAAUAGAGUUGAAGACAGAGUGUUGGUCAGACCUCAUGAACCACCUCCACCUCCACCCAUGCAUGCAGCUGGAGAUGGAAAAGCAAUGCCUAAUAUUAUAAGUGCUACACAAGGAUUGAAUGAAAACCGACCGCAGUCUCCAGCCAUGGGUAGAACACCAGUGUUUGUGAGCCCAUCUCCUCCACCUCCUCCACCUCUCCCUCCACCACCUCCACCUCUUCCAUCUGCUCUUUCAGCCUCUUCAUUGCGAUCCUCGAUAUCCUCAACUCCGCCACCACCUAUCCCCCCACCACCUCCACCCCCCACUGCUGCUUUGCAGGCCCCUAUUGUACCACCACCACCAACACCACUCCAGAUUGCUCCUGGCGUCCUACAUCCUGCUGCUCCUCCAGUAGCACCACCUCUUGUGCAUCCAUCUCCUCCAAUAUCACGGCCUGCUCAAGAUGUAUCACCUCAUACAGUUCCUAUGACUGAAUCACAGGGACUUCCUCCACCACCUCCUCCUCCACCCUUACCUCCUUCUGGAAUGCGGCCAUCUUCCCCAGGGGCAAUUCCACCUCUCUCUCAUCCUCCUUCUGGUCUACAUCCUCUUGCAUCCAUUGUGCCCGGUUCUCAUGCUCCUUUAAUGCCCCCAUCUCCACCAUCUCAAAUUGUUUCUGACUCCAAGAGACAUCCUUCAACACUUCCGGUCAUCAGUGAUGCUAGAAGUGUUCUUCUGGAAGCAAUACGAAAAGGUAUUCAACUCCGCAAAGUGGAAGAGCAGCGUGAACAGGAAGCGAAGCACGAACGCAUCGAAAAUGAUGUUGCUACAAUACUUUCAAGGCGUAUUGCUGUGGAAUACAGCGAUUCCGAAGAUGAUUCUGAGUUUGAUGAGGUGGAAUGGCUGGAAUGAAAACCAUUGCAAAUAACUAUACACUACAAAUGGGAAUGCUGAUGUUAAACUGUGGUGCUUGUCAUAUGAAAAUGUUUGGUUAUUUCUAGUGUUUUGUAUCUAUAUUACUUUACAUCACCAGAAUAAAACAUGUUUUUGUAUUUUAGUUUACAGUAAAACUAGAAAUCUUAUGAUCUUGACAUUGUACAGUGGCUUUUUAAUUUUUUGGGAGAAUGUGACUUUGGUUCACCACUAAGUAUUAAGGAUGGGCAGCUGUCAGCUUAUAGUAUAGACAGUUAAUAUUUUUUAUGUAUUCUACUUGUGCACUUUGUGAAUUUUAAGUUAAUGAAGGAGACUGGAGAUUGAAAUUCCAAGGGCAGCGGUAUCUCUACUAUUUGAGCCUUAUUGCAAUUUGAUAAUGUUUUCAUAGCAUAAACCUAGCUAUCAAAUUCCACUGCUUGAAGUUAGGUCUUAAACACUGAGAAAAUAGUUUGAAAUUUAGAAACUAUGACAAAAUACUACUUGUUUUUUUUUGUUUUUUUAUGAUGGCCUUAUUUGAAUGCUGAGGUUUUUUUUUAUGUACAUGUUGUACGGUACUAUUUUGCCUGUAUACUAAAAUGAAAAACAAAAAUAUCAAUGUGAAAACUGACUUUAAACUUUCCGUGUAACUUAUGUAACUGUUUAAAACAGUUUGAUUUAAUAAAUUUUUGUUUUAAAAUUA